UCUGAACGCAAGCUCUUUAGAGAUCAAGAUUGUACGGCAAAGGCUGGGUGUUUUUAGUGCUGUUUCCUUCCCUGGACAAGUGAAAGCCCCUGACAGCACGUAGAGAUAUGGAGCGCUGGAAAGGUCGAGUUGCCUUGGUAACAGGAGCGUCUAUGGGCAUAGGAGCAGCCAUUGCAGGAGAUCUUGUGAAGAAUGGUAUGGUGGUGGUGGGGUGUGCCAGGCACGUAGAAGAUAUACAGAAAACUGCAGAGGAUCUGGCAUCUGAGGCUGGACACUUGAUACCUAUGAAGUGCAAUCUUGCAAAAAUAGAAGAUAUUGAAUCCAUGUUCAGGGCAAUUACUGAACAAGUGGGCGGGGUUGACGUCUGUAUAAACAACGCUGCUGUUGCAUCAGUAGAGUCAACGUUGAUUUCCGGCCCUCCAUCAGAGUUUAAAACAGUUUAUGAUGUGAAUUUACUGGCUGCCACCACGGUUGCACAUCUCUCCAUUAAGUCUAUGAAGGAACGCAAUGUGAAUGACGGACAUAUUAUUAACAUUAGCAGCUCAAUGGGCCAUACUGUACUGGAAUAUGGCAACUUGCACACUUAUUCCGCAACCAAGCACGCACUGAACGCCAUCACAGAGGGUCUGCGUCACGAGCUGAGAAACGAGAACUCCACGAUUAGAACAACGGUCAUAUGCCCGAGUUUGGUGCAGACUGGUUCCACACAAGAUUUCCUCCUGGAGAAGGCAUUGCAAGUUCCGGAAAAGGCAGGUUUUCUUUUAUUGAUUACUACCUAA